AUGGCAACCGGAAAUGGUAAAUCUCCAACAAGUUCACAAGAUAGUGAUUUACAUUAUGCAGACCAGAAGAUCAAGGUAAUGAAGGAAGAAAACAAGGACUCUAUUAAGCCAAAGGUUACAGUGAAGACAGAACAGGUUCAGCCUUCAAGAAAAGAAUUCGAUUUCAAAACGGAACCGGUUGCACGAGAUCCGAACGGCCCAGGAGAAAAUGGACAAGCUGUCAGCAUCAAGGAGAACGAGAAGAAGGAAGAGACUGAAGGAUAUAACCAGCAUGCUUUCAAUGAGCUUGCGAGUAGGAAAAUUUCUUUGCAUCGAUCUAUCCAAGAUACUAGAGAACCAGGUUAA